AUGUGCGAGGGGGCGGGGCGGCGCGGGGCGAGGCGGCGGCGACGGCGGCGGCCGCGGCGGGCGCGGCGCCAGGCGAGGCGGCUGGCGCUGCUCCUGGUCGGCCGGGGCGCGCGUCCCGUCCCUUGCGCGCCCACACAGCCGCCAGCCGCCGCCAGCGUUCGCGCCGGGUCCCAGCCAGGCGAGCGGCGACGCGCCCAGGCCCGCCCACCACCCACCCCACCACCAAGUCCACCACCAAGUCCACCACCACGAUCACCAGCAGGACCAAGUCCUCCUCCACGAUCACCACCCCCACCCCCACCGCCACCACCGCCACCUCCACCAUCACCACCACCGCCACCUCCAACAUCGCCACCACCAACAACUCCACCACCACCGCCACCUCGACCAUCGCCACCACCACCACCACCAACAACAACUCCACCACCACCGCCACCUCCAGCACCAGCACCACCACCAUCACCAGCAGGACCAAGUCCACCUCCUCCACGAUCACCACCCCCACCACCCCCGCCACCACCGCCACCACCACCAGCUCCACCACCACCACCGCCACCUCCACCACCACCACCACCACCAUCACCAGCAGGACCAAGUCCACCUCCUCCACGAUCACCACCCCCGCCACCCCCGCCACCCCCGCCACCCCCGCCACCACCUCCACCAACUCCACCAGCUCCACCAACACCAGCUCCACCACCAACCCCGGCCGCCCCGAGACGCCGGCGCACGCUUCGCAGAGGCGCCUUCACGCCUUCUCGCCGCCGCCUGGGCCGCCUGGCGCCGCCCUGCCCCGACGUGCCGCCGGUCGGCAGCUCUGCGCUGCCGCAGGCGCCAGCAGCGGCCGCCCCAGCCCCAGCCGCAGCCCCAGCGCCAGCCCCAGCCCCAGCCGCAGCCCCAGCGCCAGGCCCAGCCCCGCCAGCACGACGCCGCUGUGCGGCUCCGCAGGCCCGACCGCCCGCCGCCCGCCUCUGGGGGGCGCUCUGGCCGCCGUGCCGCUCCCCCGGCCCUCGGCUGCCGGCCGGGCAUUCCCCGCCCCGCGAGACACGCUGCCCUCCGGCGACCCGCUCGCCCGGGCCCUUCUCCGCGGAGUGCCCGGCGAGGCCACAUCCCGCACCCACAGAGGACCCGACCCAGCCGCCGCCCACCCCGUCCCCCGCGCCCAUCCAGCACCGGGCAGCGUCGCGUCGCCGAGGAGCCCGUUGCGGCCAGUCACUCGUCAGGCGCCGGGGGCACGACAGGAGGCCCUGGCUGGGCCGUGGUGACCCCGCACGCGCGCGCGCGCGCGCCCGGGGUCACGAGGAAGGCAAAGGGGUGGGGGCGCUCGACGGUGGGCAAGCCGGGCACCCGUCGUCGCCCCGCGCUUCUCGCCGGACGCGCGAGGGAGGAGAAGGGCCCUGGGGGCAAGCGUUUGGACAGAGCGGCGGUGGCGCCGGCGACCAAAAAGGGCGUCUUGCCUCCCCGUCGGGGAAUCGAACCCCGGUCUCCCGCGUGACAGGCGGGGAUACUCACCACUAUACUAACGAGGACGGCGGCGGCGGCCACCCGGGCGCCCGACCCCUCUCCGCCUGCCCGCCCACGCCUACCCCUGCCCUCGACGCCCUGCCUUACGCAGGCGCCCGCCACGUGCCACACCCGACCGGACCCCAAACCAACCGCGCCAGCCCGCACAGCAGCCCUCCCAGCCCGACUCGGAGUGGACCCCAGGCCCGGGCCCCGGACCCGGACGGCGCGGAACACUCCGAGUGCGCCGGCGCCUAG